UUCCCUUUAGUCUGCAUCUCAGAGAAUAUGGUGCUGGUGAAGGAGAAUAAGAGCUGGGAGGAGGCACUUGAAUAUUGUCAAAACUUGUUUUUACCUAACAACAGCGAUCUUCACUUUGAUCUACUCAGCAUAGAGCCUGGAGAUGAUCAUGUCUAUGUAAUGAAGGAAGUCAUAAAGGCUGACACAGAAGAGGUKUGGACCGGCCUGCGUUUCCUGGCUGGUGAGUGGCUGUGGGUGAAUGGCGAAGAAAUGCUGUACCGUGACCUACCCCCCUGUCCCAUCACAAGGCACUACUGUGGAGCCUUAUUAAAGAACGACACUGGUAGUGUUGAGGCCAGAGAUUGUUUAGAGAGGAAAAACUUUCUAUGUUACAGUUAUUCUUUGCAUCACUAGCAUUAAGUGAACAUCACUCCACA